UGCCGGAAGUGGAAAGCGGCUCAUUACAGUCCCGAGCUGGCACAUUAUGGCUGACAUGCAAAAUCUGGUAGAAAGAUUGGAGAGGGCAGUGGACCGCCUGGAGGCAGUAUCCCAUACCUCUGACAUGCACCGAUGGUAUGGAGACAGCUCUUCGAAAGCAGGAGCAGCGCCGUAUGUGCAAGCUUUUGACUCGCUGCUUGCUGUGGUCGUGACAGAGUACUUGAAGAUCAGUAAAGAAAUUGGGGGAGACGUGCAGAAACACGCGGAGAUGGUCCACACGGGUCUGAAGUUGGAGCGAGCUCUCUUGGUUACAGCCUCUCAGUGCCAGCAGCCAGCAGGCAAUAAGAUUUCCGCUUUGUUGGCUCCUAUCUCAGAGCAGAUCCAAGAAGUGAUAACCUUCGGGGAAAAGAACAGAGGCAGCAAGUUGUUCAAUCCCCUGUCAGCUGUUAGUGAAAGCAUCCAGGCCCUGGGUGGGGUGGCUAUGGAUCCCAAGCCUGGCCCCUAUGUGAAAGAAAUGAAUGAUGCAGCCAUGUUUUACACGAACCGAGUCCUCAAAGAGUACAAAGAUGUAGAUAAGAAGCAUGUGGACUGGGUCAAAGCUUACUUGAGUAUAUGGACAGAGCUUCAGGCUUACAUUAAGGAGUUCCAUACUACCGGGCUCGCCUGGAGCAAAACGGGGCCUGUGGCCAAAGAACUGAGCGGAUUGCCAUCUGGACCUUCUGCUGGAUCUGGUCCUCCUCCCCCUCCACCAGGCCCACCGCCCCCGCUGGUCCCCACCAGAUCGGGCUGGGCUCCGAUUGUUUCCCACUCAGCACUGUUUGCCCAGAUCAAUCAGGGCGAGAGCAUCACACAUGCCCUGAAACAUGUAUCCGAUGACAUGACAACUCACCAGAACCCUGCUCUGAAGGCUCAGAGCGGUCCCGUACACAGUGGCCCCAAACCAUUCUCCGCACCUAAGCCCCAAACCAGCCCGUCCUCCAAACCAGCCACCAAGAAGGAACCAGCCAGCCUUGAACUGGAGAGCAAGAAGUGGAGAGUGGAAAAUCAGGAGAACGCUUCCAACCUGGUGAUUGAUGACACAGAGCUGAAACAAGUGGCUUACAUAGACAAAUGUGUCAAUACGACCCUGCAAAUCAAGGGCAAAAUUAACUCUAUUACAGUAGAUAACUGUAAGAAGCUUGGUCUGGUAUUCGAUGAUGUUGUGGGCAUUGUGGAGAUAAUCAGUAGUAAGGAUGUCAAAGUUCAGGUAAUGGGUAAAGUGCCAACUAUUUCCAUCAACAAAACAGAUGGCUGCUACGCUUAUCUGAGCAAGAACUCUCUGGACUGUGAGAUAGUCAGUGCCAAAUCUUCUGAGAUGAACAUCCUCAUUCCCACAGAAGGCGGCGACUUU